AACCUCUUGCAUCAUUUGGAAACACAUGACAACAAAUAUGGCUGCUUCCUGUUCGCUAGUGUGUUGUGGAGAGGAGACCGAUUCUGAUAAAGCAUUUAUAGUCCGUUUUACAAACGGUAGCGUCAGAAAUGCAGACAAACUUGAAUUCACGAUGUACAAGAGCGCAGAUGAGGGUAACCCCAGGAAAAAGAGCAGGCGGAUACUGGUUGCUGAAUCAGACAGAUUGUCCUAUGUUGGGAAUAAUUUUGGAACGGCUUCACUGAAAUGCAACAACCUUUGCAAAUAUUAUGUUGGAGUGUUGGACAAACAGACUAUGCAGAUGGAGGUGCACAAAGCUCAGCUGUUCAACAUGCAACCUGUUAUACCAGGGGAGACAACAGAGGCCUCAAACCCCCAGGACACUACUCAGACCUACAGAGACAAGGUUGACUUGUUGAUUGAGGCAUUUGGCACCAGCAAACAGAAGAGAGCUCUGAGCUCUCGCAAGCUGAAUCAGGUGGGAGCUGAUGCCCUGCACCAUGCAGUGGCUAAGGCUGCCAGCACUGUGAUCGACCAGAAGGGUCUGGAAGCUUUACAGCAGGAAGUGGCUGAGACAGAGUCCCAAGGAGACCUGGCUCUCCACCUGCCUACCUGCAACACAGAUGCAGACAGACCUGAGGAUGUCUACCCAUUUGAUGAUCUCCUGAGUCCAGUGGAGUUUAGUGCUUUGGAGCAGGCUGGUUCCAAGAUGGCAGCACUCACUCCCGUGGAGCUGAAGAAGAUGAGAGAUGACGGCGGGUCUCUGUAUGUGGUGAAGCACUUAGAGAGCAUGCCAGCUGUAGGGGAAGCCAGAGAUAAAAUAGCACGCUGCGCUUUUUAUCUUUCUCUGCUCCUAAAAAUGGCACGGCAGAAGAGCAUCAGCCGCAAGUUUGUGCAGGAGGAAGGCUGCCCUCGCAUCCUUCAGACCAAACUGUUCAGAACAUUUACUGUGGAAACUUUCAACAAUGGCAGGAUCCACAACAUGGUGUCAACAUCAAUGCGUGCUAAAUUAGCAGCUUACUCCCUGGCCCUGCUACUGCAUAUGGGUCACAUGACUGCUGACCUGACAUUACUGCAUCGAGACCUGGGAAUCACAGAGGCCAGGAUGAUUGAAGUUGCAAAGUCAAUGGGACUAACCCUAUCUAGACCGGCCAAAGGGAAGGACGAUCAGGCUGUGCUGCAAGACAAACACAAGCACGCCUCUGUUGUUCUACCGCUGGUCAAAUAUGAUCAGUUUGUGGAGAGACGGAAGCGAAAGAAGAUGCACUGAAGACUAACAAGAAAAGAACUGGAUAAAGAAUUCUAAGAAAUAGAAAUACCACAAAUGAGCCAUUUAUUAAUGCAUUUUGUAGACAAAGAGGUUAACUUUGUUAUACAUGAUCUUGUUACAGAAUGUGGAUGAUACAAAAAUGUGGAGUAAUGAGUUGUAAACAAAUUCUAGACAGAACCAUCCAGCUAGUUAAAACAGGCACAUUUGGAGACAUCACAUAUUACACAAUAAACCUCUUUUAUACAUUUCAAGUCUUUGUGACCUGGUGUGUAACUGUGCAGCAUGCUGAUCUGUACUAACUUCUCCACUCACUGAAUAAAAAAAAUAAUCAAAAAGAACUGAGGUGACAUGAUAUAAAAACAGAGCAACCAGGAAAAGAGCUGUGUGUAACAGGCUUAAAGCUUGGGGUUUUUUUUAUAUACACAUGUCACAGUAUAGCUAUUCCUUCCCUAGCUAUAAUAACUGUUUAGAAAGUUAAACAAGGCAUAGCUUACCGCAACCGAAAUAACCUUGGAAAUCAACUGGACUUGGAUAUCUAGA